AUGUUAAUUAGCAAAUCCUUAUUUGUAUUAGAUAAAGAGAAACAAUAGGUGGAUUAUAAUUCAAACAUUCAUAAAAGGUAUAAGAAAAUAAGAUAGUAGAGUAAGUUAAGAAUAAAAAGAGCACUAAACAAAUCUUAAAAAUUGUUAAUUGAAACCGUAAUUUAUUCAAAUGUUACCACAUUAACCAAAUGAUCUCUAAAGUAAUGAAGAAUUAAAGAUACCAACAAUUCCAAAUAAUGUAUCGCAUAAAAGCACUGAUCAACAAAUUCAUAGGUAGGAAUCAAAAAAGUUUAUAUUUUCUUAAGAGGAUAGUUCCUUCUUAUCACCUUCUUAAAUGAUAUAAUCACAUUUGUUAUAAAAAGAAAGGAAACACUUUUAUAAUAAUGGUAAGGUGAAAAUAAUGAUAGAAUAAAUUAAAUAACGAUUGCUUAACUCAAUUCAUUAUUCAAAAUAUAAUGAUCCUCUAAUAACUCAUGAAUUUUAAGAAGGUAAUAAAAAGAAUAUUUGAUUUAGUUUCCCCAUUUUAAUAUUAUUAUUUCACAUUGUUCAUGUUUUUGACUUCAUUUUCAUCUAGCAUGCUUACAAUUAUUCUUAUACCAUUAAAUAAAACUUUUUAAAUAUAAGAAUUUAUUUCUUUAAUUAUAUUUUGUUAUAAGAUCGUAGUGAUCUUAUUAGAUUUAUAUUUUUAAAGAGGUCCAUAUAAGUUGUUUAGAGGGAAAAUAAUACAAAAUUAUAAGAAUUAAAAAAAAAUGCAUUUAGAUUUAUUUAGACUACUUAUUUUAUUGAUCAAUUAUAAUUUAAAUUUUGAUAAUCAAAUUUUAAUGAUUACAUUGAUUAUGAUCUUAAUUAUACUGGAAAUGUUAAGAAUUGUUGAGCCAUUUGAAAAUUUAUACAGAUCAACCCAUUAUAUAGUGAUAAUAAUAUAAUUAUGGAUAUCCAUAAUAAUUAGUCUUAUUUGUAGUUUAAAGAGUAAUUAUAUCAUUUAAAUAAGAGUAUUUGAUGAUGAUGAAGAUUAAUCCUUAUCCUUGUAUUUAAGUUAUUCGAUUUCAUUAUUAACCCAUAAUGGAAAUAUAUGUAAGUUGAUAUAUUAAUUUAGCGUUGCAUUUGAAUGAGAAAAACCUGAUUGUAGUUUCAAUAUUUUCAAUAAUAUGUUAUUGGUGUUAUGUCUAUACUUUUAUUUUACUAUGGAUUUGGAUUAAACCAAAUAUAGAAAUUUAAGAGGAAAAGUAAAAAUUAUUAAAGGGAUUUGUGGAACAUUUUUAAGAGAAGUGUAAAGAUUAUGAUUUAUUGAGAAGAUGUUAUUCUUAUCUAGAAUAUAGAAUUGAUGUAUUUUAUGAUAUUUAAAAAUAGGAAGAUUUAGGUAGAGCCAAAGAAUAAAUAAUGAAAAAAUUAAGUCCAGCUUUAUAAGAUGAGAUAGAAAUAGCAUUAAGGACUAAAAUGAUAGAAAAAAUAGAGUUAAUGAAUAAGUUCUCUUCUUAAUUCAAAUAGCAAUUGUUGUACAUGAUAGAGUAGGUAACAUUCAAUCCAGAAGAUAAUAUUUUAAUUGUAAUUUUAAAUUAUCGAUUUAAAUAUUAGGAACACAAAGCUGAGGAUCUUAGUUUAUAUUAUAUAUUAAAAGGGGAAGUGAAAGUGUAAUUUCAAGGGUCUUCCUUAGCAAAUAAUAAAAGAUCUGUCACUAGACUUGUAGAGGGUUAAGCAUUUGGAUUACAUUCAUUUAUUUCUGGAAUGCCUUCAAAUAUAAGUAUUUAUAGUUGUGGUGUAACUUAAUUGAUGAAAUUAAAAAGAUCUGAUUUUUUAGAGAUAAUAUCUAAUUAUCCAGAAGAUAAUGAAAGAUUCAGUAUGAUGAAAGAUAAUUCUCAUUAUAAUCAAUUUUUGUUUGAUUGCUAUUACUGUAAAAUUCGAGGUGAUUACAUAGUGGAAUGUAGACAUUUAUAAUAUUUUCCACAACGAUAAAAUGUGUUAGAAAGAUAUUUAUAUAGCACAAAAUAAUAUCGAAAAUCUAUGAUCAGAAAAUAAAAGCGAUAUCUAACAUUAAGGAAUCUAAAUUCUAAUCAAGAGAGAAUCAGAUCUAUUAUUAAUGCUAAACAAAGUUAGGAAGCUAUUUCUGAAGAAUUACAAGAUUUUUCUUAAUUACCUUAUUCGGAAAGUAAAUCUUUUAAUUUAUCAUAAGAUCAAACUCAUUCCGCUAGUUAAUUAAGCAAUUCUAUGCCUUUUUAAAAAGCUAGUUAAGAUUUUUAAGUAUCAAAUAGUAAUUUUAAUGUGGACAGUAUUGAAUAGUUUAAUGAUGAAGAAGAAGCUGAUGAGGUUGGUAUAAUCAUUCCUAAAAUAACAAUAAGAAGAAAAAGAGAUGACUCUAAUAGAACAGCAGGAUUUUUGGGAAAUCCAGCAAAUUUUUCAUUAUUAGAUAAAGAUGAAAAAGAAAUCCUUUUUUAAUUAUAAGAGGAUUAAAACAAAGAUUGUAAAUAAAUGGUUAUGGUCUAAAAUAAUCGCAACAACCAACAAAUUAUAUAAUAAAACUAAAAAUCUAAUUUAAGACAAUUAACUAAUAGAUCAAAAACAAAUACUAAUUCAUUUUCAAGAGAUAUAUCAAAUAAUCCUUCUUAGAAUUCUAAAUAGAAUAAAUCACUCAAAUUAUCAAAUUAAACAAGAGAAAUUGUACAUUUAGCAAAUAGUAUUAAUACAUUAUCUGAUGAAAAUAAAUUAAAAUAAAAAAGUGGAACACGAUAAAGUAAUUUAUGUUAACAGUCCUAAUUUUAAGCUUUAUCAACUCCUGAAGUAAUGCUUUUUACUAUAUUAGAAUGAAGAGUACCUUUUUAAUGAUCUCAUUUUUAACCAAUUUGAAACAAUGAGAAAAUUCAAAAUUUAUUAUCCUCAUAAUAAUUUUGAUUGUGUUAUCAAAAGAUUCAAAAAUUCAUUUGACAUGAAAAAAUUCAAAAUUAAAAAAGUUCGCAUAUCAGAGUACUCAAUAAAAUGUUUUGUUGCUUCUAAAAUAAAAAAAGUUUUAAAAUUAAUUAGAAGAAGAUAGUGA